AUGCCACAAUUAGACACUUCUACUUGAUUCACCACUAUUUUACUUACAACUAUUGCACUAUUUUGUAUUUAUCAACUCAAAAUAAUUAAUCAAACAUUAACACAAGUCCCAUCUCCAACAGAACAGAUAAAACCUCAUAAAAUACCCACGCCCUGAGAAAACAAAUGAACGAAAAUUUAUUUGCCCCAUUCAUCACACCCACAAUUAUAG